CAAACUUUCCCCUGCACCACCUGCCAUCCCUGUCUUGAUGAUCACGAUGAGAGCACACGUCCUUCUCCUCCUCCUCGCCGUUGCCACGGUGCCGCUCACAUCGACGGCACUUAGCCCCGACGGGCUAGCGCCUAGCACCUACGCCGCCGAGCAGCAGAAACCAGCGCCGGCGGCCGAUGCCAAAGAAGAAGCCCCUAAGGUUGUUGCCGGGGCAAAUAGCAAUGUUAUGGGUGGUGCCGCCAGCGGCCUCAACUAUGCUGGUGGUGAGAAGAAACCCAAAGGUAAGAGUGACGACGCCGUGAAGAAACCUAUGGAGAACCCGGAGGCCAAGGUCAUCCCUGGAGUCAAAGCUGCAGAGAAGAGCAAUGUCUACGAGAAUGCCGUGGCCUCUGACAAGAAAGCCCUCGAUGCUAUGAAGAAAUCUAAAAUCAAGAGUGAAGAAGCCGAGGAGAAAGCUGACGAGAAGAAAUUAAAAAGUAAGAGCGAGUCCUUUGGGUAUGACAAAACCGAGAGGAAAUCCAAGAACAAGAGCGACGACAUGGAGGACGCCGAGGCCAAGAAGAAACCCAAGAACAAGAGCGACGACAUCGAGGACGCGGAGGCCAAGAAGAAACCCAAGAACAAGAGUGACGACAUCGAGGACGCUGACGCCAAGAAGAAAUCCAAGAACAAGAGUGACGACAUCGAGGAUGCCGAGGCCAAGAAGAAACCCGAGAAAAAGAGUGACUCCUACGAGGACGCCGGUGCCAAGAAAAAAGAAAAGAAACCCAAGAGCAAGGAGGAUGACUCCUCGGAGGACACCAAGAAGAAAUCCGAAAGCAAGAGUGAAGCCUACGAGGAUGGAAGCACCAAGAAGAAGUCCAAAAAGAAGAAGAAGAGCGGGUCAUCAUCCGAGGAAGAUUUCGAUGCGGUCCCCAUGGAGACGCCCGCCGACGAGUCGACGCCGGCGGCCGACACGCCCGAUGGUUACCAAGCACCGACAACACAAACAAUGACCGCGACCGACUCACCCGACGGCUACACUGCGCCGACAACACAAACAAUGGCCGCGACCGACUCGCCCGACGGCUACGUCCCGGCAUCCGACUCACCCGACGGCAACAUCCCGGCGUCCGACUCACCUGACGGCUACGCUGCGCCGACAACACAAACAAUGGCCGCGACCGACUCGCCAGAUGGCUACGUCCCGGCGACAGACUCACCGGAUGGUGAGGUCCCGGCAUCCGACUCGCCGGACGGCUACGACGCCUCCACAGAGAAAUCCAGCAGCAGCAACAAGGUCAAUGUGCAGUCCUUCGAUGACAUAGCACUCCCAGUCCCACAGCCGGUGCUCAAAAUGCUAAGCCCACUCAUCAAGGCCCAGUGCGCCAAGACUGAAUACCCUUCCGUCUGCGAGACCUCCAUCGCCAAGCUCCCCUUCAUUCCCCCGGUGCUCGACAGCGUGGGCGUGCUCAAGCUCGCCAUGGACGCCGUGCGCGCCAGGAUCCAGGAGGCCAAGAACGACGCCCUGGAGGUGGCCAACGAGCCGGGCACCAGCAAGCUCGCCAAGGGCGCCAUCAGCGACUGCCUCCAGCUCUACGACGACAUCAGCUACAGCUACGACAACGCCCUGGCGGCGCUCAAGCGCGGCGACAAGGCGUCGGCGGUGGCCGCCGUCGACGGCGCCCGCACCGACAUCGACACCUGCGACAGCGGCUUCAGGCAAAGCUCCAAGGGCAAGCCUCCCUUGGCCGGACAGGAGAAGCUCCUCGCAAAGCUCUCCAGCAAUGUCCUCUGCAUGAACAGAAACCUCAAACUUUAUUGAUUAAAUUCAAUUCAUUCAUUCACCUGGCUGCCUGGCCAUGGGUUUAAAUUACCAUCACUUGAUCGCUUCUUGUACCAAAUGUCCUCCAACAGAGUCUUGCUUGCAUCUGUAAUAUGUAAGUAUGUGUAUCACUAUUUAUAUGGUUGUGUACUUGUGUCUAUAUGUUGCCAUGUACUGACAUUCAUUCACCUCCUGUUAAACUUCCUUUUUUUUUUCUUCCUAGUGAUUCAUUCAUCACUGUUGAUGUUUAAUUAAUCUAGAUGAGAAUUUGAAAUUUGCACAUAA